CGAGCAGCGGAGGGGGUCACGUCACGUAGCGUCGCGUCAUGGCGGUCACGGUCUGGGCUCUCAUCUCCCUCCUGGUUUCCUCCCUGGCGGCGUCUCCUUCAGUAUACUUUCCUCCAGACGUCAGCAAGCCCCCCAGUCCUUACCCGCUCAAGCCCUCAGGCCAUCCACGCCCCUUCUUCAAGUCCUACACACUUGUUCCGCCUUCACACGCACACACCUCCACCAGGAAACCACAGCAGUCUGACCCACUGAGGACCACGCCCCGUGCCCACGCCCCCACCACCACUGCCGUCUCUCAACCCUUCGCCCAAAGCAGGAACUCAUCUCACGCCCAAGGACAGCAGAAAGCCACCGUUCGUAAGCAUAGUCUACGGAAAACUAAAUCCCGUCCACGCCCUUCGUCUCGUCGCCCAACGCCCUCAGUGCACCCUCCUCCCACGUACUAUCUGCACGGGGUGUACGACUCCUACCCGACGCACAUUUCUCUGCCUCGGUCCCGCAAACACCCCAAGUAUCCCUCGCACAUCGUGUACUCUCUGGAGCCCCCACAGGACCCACAGCUCUCCUACCUGGUCUACGAGCCUGCCCCGCCCCUCUGCUCCGCCAACACCACCAAGCCCUGGUGCGUUAGGGACUUGCAGUACCCCAUGGACGAGGUCACCCUUGCAGCCGCCGCCCACUACGAGAAGAUGCUCACCCUGUACACCGACGUGGCGAACCUCAACACACACCAGUCCGUCGACCUGCCCACCUCUCAGACGGAGGAGACCUACCUCUGCCCCUCGGAGACCGCCUACGUCAGGCCGUUGCGCGCCAUCAACACGGAGGGCAAGUGGCGCGUCAUCGUGAACGGCAUCAAGGUACACUACGAGACCUUCACGCAGACCACCCGCCUGGAGGAGUGUCUCAACCCUGGCUACGCCUGUCCCCUCGUGCCUCAGUGCUACGAGUCGAAGUGCCUGCAGAAGUCCAUCUACCACCGCUUCCUCGUCUACGACCCCUACGACCAGUACUUCCCCUUCGCCGUGGAGACCUUCAAGCUACCCGCAAGUUGCGCCUGUCUCCUCGGCGCCUCCACCCUCGAUCACUAAGUAGUU